AGCCCACAAUGUCUAAACUGUCUUGUUCAUAAAGAAAAGAGUAAACAAAAGGAGAGCUUGAGUAGUCUCGCCGAUCACAAAAUCUCGCCGAUCACAAAAUCAAAGUCAAAAUCAAAAUCAAAAUCGGAGAUGUAUAGAAAUCAAUACGCGGGAGACGCCAUGGAAGCAGUUAAGCAAGUUUAGCAGCAACAGAUCUCCGAUCCAAAACUCACGUGGUUCCCGCGUGUGUUAACAAAGCCAAUUCCGAAUUAUCUUCUCGUCAGAAGAAGAUCUCGGAGAUGUUUAGAAAUCAAUACCAUACCGACGUAGCAACAUGGUCACCGGCGGGAGGACACUUCCAGGUGGAAUACGCCAUGGAAGCGGAAUACGCCAUGGAAGCGGAAUACGCCAUGGAAGCAGUUAAGCAAGGUCCAGCAGCAACAGAUCUCCGAUCCAAAACUCACGUGGUUCCCGCGUGUGUUAACAAAGCCAAUUCCGAAUUAUCUUCUCGUCAGAAGAAGAUCUCGGAGAUGUUUAGAAAUCAAUACCAUACCGACAUAGCAACAUGGUCACCGGCGGGAGGACACUUCCAGGUGGAAUACGCCAUGGAAGCGGAAUACGCCAUGGAAGCGGAAUACGCCAUGGAAGCAGUUAAGCAAGGUCCAGCAGCAACAGAUCUCCGAUCCAAAACUCACGUGGUUCCCGCGUGUGUUAACAAAGCCAAUUCCGAAUUAUCUUCUCGUCAGAAGAAGAUCUCGGAGAUGUUUAGAAAUCAAUACCAUACCGACAUAGCAACAUGGUCACCGGCGGGAGGACACUUCCAGGUGGAAUACGCCAUGGAAGCGGAAUACGCCAUGGAAGCGGAAUACGCCAUGGAAGCAGUUAAGCAAGGUCCAGCAGCAACAGAUCUCCGAUCCAAAACUCACGUGGUUCCCGCGUGUGUUAACAAAGCCAAUUCCGAAUUAUCUUCUCGUCAGAAGAAGAUCUCGGAGAUGUUUAGAAAUCAAUACCAUACCGACAUAGCAACAUGGUCACCGGCGGGAGGACACUUCCAGGUGGAAUACGCCAUGGAAGCGGAAUACGCCAUGGAAGCAGUUAAGCAAGGUCCAGCAGCAACAGAUCUCCGAUCAAAAACUCACUCAGCAGCAAUAGGUCUCCGAUCCAAAACUCACGUGGUUCUCGCGUGUGUUAACAAAGCCAAUUCCGAAUUAUAUUAUCAUCAGACGAAGAUCUUCAAGAUUGAUGAUCACAUUGGGGUCGCCAUCGCUGGACAUGGCCGUGUUCUUUCGCGGUACAUGAGAUCUGAAUGCGUUAACUAUAAUUACACUUAUGAAUCUCCGCUUCCCGUUGGUCGUCUCGUUGUUCAGCUCGCCAAUAAGGCUCAGGUUUGCACUCAGCGGUCAUGGAAGCGUCCUUAUGGCGUUGGUCUUCUUGUAGCUGGAUUAGAUGAAUCAGAGGCUCACCUCUAUUACAACUGCCCAAGCGGAAACUAUUUUGAAUAUCAGGCAGUUGCAAUUGAUUCACGCUCACAAGCUGCAAAGACAUAUUUGGAACGCAAAUUUAACAACUUCACAGCCUCCUCCCGGGAAGAUCUGAUCAAGGAUGCACUCAUUGCAACUAGGGAGUCCUUGCAAGGUGAAGAGCUCAGGAGCUCCGUAUGCACCAUUGCUGUGGUUGGAGUUGAUGAGCCAUUCCACAUUUUGGAUCAAGAAACUGUUCAACAAUUGAUUGAUACUUUUGAGAUUGUGAGGGAGGAAGAAGCUGCACCUGCUGAACCUGAGGCUGCAGCUGAGCAGGAUGCUGCCACGGAUCAGGCUUCUGGUCCAGAUCAAGGUGGUGCCCGAAACCAAGACCAAGGUGGUUCUCCAAUGGGCAUUUGAUAAUUUAAGAUCCAGUACUUGAGGUGUUAAAAACUGUUAUCUGAAAAUGAAUAGGUUUAAUGUUGAGUGUGUCAUGGGAGAAGAUAUCUCUAUGAUGUAUUUUCUUUGCUUAAUCUUGUUUGUUUCUGAAAUUCAUCCAUGGCUGAUCAUUGUGAACGUUUUAGUUGAUAGACCUGAACCUACUAUUUACAAUUUUCUCUA